CUCCAAACUUUCUCCCAUCUGAUACCAUAAUCAUUUCUUUCCUUCUCCCAACUCUCACCCACAAACACAAUUCCAGUAUGGCAUCUCGUCCGGAACUCAAGGUCGACGACGAAGGCGGUUUCUGUAAAUUUUUCCGUGGUCUGGAAGAGAAAGACGAUACUGUACGGAUAUUCGACAGAGGCGACUACUACAGUGCGCAUGGAGAAGAUGCAAAACUCAUCGCAGAGAAUGUAUACCGAACGACAGCAGUAAUCCGUAAAUUGGGCCGCGAGCCUGGCCUCGAAUCGGUGACGAUGACGACAAUGGUGUACCGCAACUUCCUACGAGAAGCGCUCUUCAGAUUAAGCAAGCGGAUAGAGAUAUGGCAGUCUUCGGGACGAAUGGCAUGGAAGGUGGUAAAGCAGGCUUCACCGGGAAACCUGCAAGACAUUGAGGAUGAGCUAGGUGGUCAGAUUGAGAACGCGCCCAUCAUGUUGGCGGUCAAGAUUUCUGCAAAAGCAUCGGAAGCUCGACAGGUCGGUGUCUGCUUUGCGGAUGCGAGCGUGCGGGAAUUGGGCGUCACGGAGUUCUUGGACAACGACCUCUACUCAAACUUCGAAUCAUUACUCAUUCAGUUGGGCGUAAAAGAGUGUUUGGUACAAACAGACGGCGCGAAGAAAGAUGCCGAACUCGCUAAAAUCAGGACGAUUGCCGAUAAUUGUGGGUGUGCUAUCGCAGAGCGCGGUUCCGCCGACUUUGGCACAAAAGACAUAGAGCAGGACCUUUCGCGACUGUUGAAGGAUGAACGGGCAGCAGGAACUUCGCCUCUGGCGGAUAUGAAGUUCGCCAUGGGAGCUGCGGCAGCACUGAUCAAAUAUCUGGGCGUCAUGUCCGACUCGUCGAAUUUCGGGCAGUAUCAGCUCUACCAACACGAUCUCUCCCAGUAUAUGAAAUUGGAUGCGGCGGCACUCAAGGCACUCAACCUCAUGCCUGGACCCCGAGAUGGCGCGAAAUCGAUGAGCUUGUACGGCCUACUAAAUCACUGCAAGACCCCGACCGGAAGUCGAUUGCUUGCGCAAUGGCUGAAGCAGCCGCUCAUGAAUGUAGAAGAUAUCGAGCGGAGGCAGCAACUGGUGGAAGCCUUUGUUAACGACACCGAAUUGCGUCAAACCAUGCAAGAGGAGCAUCUCCGCGCUAUACCUGAUCUCUACCGUCUGGCGAAAAAGUUCCAGAGGAAGGCUGCUAACCUUGAAGACGUCGUGCGAACUUAUCAAGUCAUCAUCCGACUUCCCGGCUUUCUUGCAACCCUCGAAUCUGUAAUGGAUGAGCAAUACAAGGAUCCACUCGAUGACGAGUAUACCACCAAACUGCGUCAGUAUUCCGAUGCUUUUGCAAAACUCCAGGAAAUGGUCGAGACUACCGUCGAUCUGGAUGCGCUGGACAACCACGAAUUUAUCAUCAAGCCAGAAUUUGACGAGUCACUACGCACAAUACGGAAACGUCUGGACAAGCUCAAAAAUGAAAUGGACAACGAACACUACAGCGUUGGCCGUGAUCUCAACCAAGAUAUCGAGAAGAAGCUGUUCCUGGAGAAUCAUCGUGUCCAUGGUUGGUGUUUCCGACUCACUCGCAACGAAGCAGCAUGCAUACGACAGAAGAAACAGUAUAGGGAAUGCUCGACACAGAAGAACGGCGUCUACUUCACUACCGAUACACUCCAAGCCAAGCGACGAGAAUUUGACCAGCUGUCCGAAAACUACAAUCGGACACAAUCAGGACUAGUCAAUGAGGUUGUCCUAGUUGCAUCUUCUUACGUCCCAGUAGUAGAGAAGCUGGCUGCUGUCCUGGCCCAUCUCGAUGUCAUUGUUGCCUUUGCACACGUCUCUGUCCACGCCCCAACCUCUUACACGCGCCCAAAGAUGCACCCAAGGGGAACGGGAGACACCAUCCUCACAGAAGCACGCCACCCAUGCAUGGAAAUGCAAGACGAUGUAUCCUUCAUCACCAACGACGUCAGCCUCGUGCGCGACUCGAGCGAAUUCCUCAUCAUCACUGGCCCCAACAUGGGCGGUAAGUCGACCUACAUCCGCCAGAUCGGCGUCAUCGCCCUCAUGGCGCAAAUCGGCUGCUUCGUGCCCGCCUCGUCGGCCGAACUCAGCAUCUUCGACAGCAUCCUUGCGCGCGUCGGCGCCAGCGACAGCCAGAUCAAAGGCGUCUCGACCUUUAUGGCGGAAAUGCUCGAAACGGCGAAUAUCCUCAAAUCCGCGACCAAGGAAUCCCUCAUCAUCAUCGACGAACUGGGUCGCGGGACGAGCACCUACGACGGCUUCGGCCUCGCCUGGGCAAUCUCGGAGCACAUUGUCAAGGAAAUCGGCGCGUUUGCCCUCUUCGCCACCCAUUUCCACGAACUCACCGCGCUGGCGAAUACGUACCGCCAGGUGCAGAACCUGCACGUCGUCGCGCACAUUACCGAGACCGCCGCCUCCGCCUCCGCCUCCUCCGAAGAAGUAGCAGCAGCAGGAGAUGCGCCAACAGAGAAGAAGAAGCGCCAAGUCACGCUCCUCUACAAAGUCCAGCCAGGCGUCUGCGACCAAUCCUUCGGCAUCCACGUCGCAGAGCUCGUCCGCUUCCCGCAAAAAGUCGUCAACAUGGCCAAACGCAAAGCCGACGAGCUCGAGGACUUCUCGGGCAAACACGAACAAGACUACAUCCAGGCCAGCAAGCAGGAUGUCGAGGACGGCAGCCGCUUGCUCAAGGACGUCCUGGCCAGGUGGAAGGCCGAAGUCGAGACCCGCGGGUUGGAUAGGAAGCAGCAGGUGCAGAGGAUGAAGGAGCUUGUUCUCGCUGAGGAGGGGUUGGUGGCGAAUGGGUUCUUCAAGGGGAUUCUGGCGUUGUGA